UUAUUUCCAGAAAGGGGUGGCUGAAGGGUGUUGGGGUGCAGCAGGGCGAUUGGAGAGUCCGGUGUCGACGUAAUGACGUCACGAGCAGAGCGUGGUGGGACCCUGCAGCUUCUUCGGCCCCCUCCAGUCCGAAGAGACACAAGUUAUCAGGGAGGCAGCCGGAGGGCCAGUCAUCUCCUCACAUCUUUUCUGCAUCUACCACAAUCCCCUUCAUCCGUCCUGUAUGGUGGAUAUUAUUUUCAGCUCUUCUUUCUUGGGUGAUAUGGGGGAUCAUUCCAAAAAGAAGCCAGGAUUCGCGAUGUGUGUAGGAUGUGGAAGUCAGAUCCAUGACCAGUACAUACUGAGAGUCUCUCCCGACCUGGAGUGGCAUGCAGCCUGCCUCAAGUGCGCGGAGUGCAGCCAGUACCUGGAUGAGACGUGCACUUGCUUCGUCCGGGACGGCAAAACCUAUUGCAAAAGAGAUUAUGUAAGGCUGUUUGGAAUAAAAUGCGCAAAAUGCAACCUGGGAUUCAGCAGCAGCGAUUUAGUGAUGCGAGCUCGGGAUAACGUGUACCACAUCGAGUGUUUUCGGUGCUCGGUGUGCAGCAGGCAACUGCUGCCGGGAGACGAGUUCUCCCUGCGGGAAGAGGAGCUGCUGUGCCGGGCGGACCACAGCCUGCUGCUGGAGAGGAGCUCCGCGGGGAGCCCCAUGAGCCCCGGACACAUCCACUCCAACAGACCGCUGCACCUGGCAGCAGACCCGGUAACGGUGCGGCAGGCCCCGCAUCGGAACCACGUCCACAAGCAGUCGGAGAAGACGACGCGGGUCCGGACGGUGCUGAACGAGAAGCAGCUCCACACGUUGCGGACCUGCUACAACGCCAACCCGAGGCCGGACGCGCUGAUGAAGGAGCAGCUGGUGGAGAUGACCGGCCUGAGCCCCAGAGUGAUCCGCGUCUGGUUCCAGAACAAGCGCUGCAAAGACAAAAAGAAAUCCAUCCUCAUGAAGCAGCUCCAGCAGCAGCACCACAGUGAUAAGACUGUAAGCAUCUUCAACCUCCAGGGCCUCACGGGGACGCCUCUAGUGGCGGGGAGUCCUAUCCGACAUGAGAGCACCGUGCAGGGGAACCCGGUGGAGGUUCAGACCUACCAGCCUCCGUGGAAAGCCCUGAGUGAGUUCGCCCUGCAGAGCGACCUGGACCAGCCGGCCUUCCAACAACUGGUGUCUUUCUCUGAAUCGGGCUCUCUCGGGAACUCCUCGGGCAGCGACGUGACUUCUUUGUCCUCUCAGUUACCGGACACCCCGAACAGUAUGGUACCGAGCCCGGUGGAGACGUGAAACGGGGCCCCACCACAGACCUCCUCCUGCAAGGACAGUUGCAGCAUGAUCCCGGUCCCCCUGCAUGUGACCAGCUCAUCACAUCGCCCAGACUGCAGAGAGGAGAGCGUUUUCUUCAUUUUCUGACAUGGAGGAGAUGGAACCAAGAAAGCACCGACUGACUCCGAGUUUUUCCCCUCCUUUUUUCCCCUUUGUUUUGGAGAUUUCAUUGACAGAAAAACUCAGCAGAACAAUUGUUGCAUGACUCGAUGCGAAGGAAGAUGUACAGAAGAUCUCCAGAUGGAUAUAACUACAAGAAACCUUCCCCCAGAAAAAAAACAAACAAACAACAAAUUGGAAACAUUUUCAUGUCGAUACAGAUGGACUUUCUGCAGUUUCACUGUGAUCAUAUUGUGUCUUGUUUCUCCAACAUGAGAACAUUUUUUGAUACAUUUAUUGCGUUGUGAGUCCGGUUGACUCUUUGUCUUAAGGUCAGAGCAUGAUAAUCUGCAGCGUAUUCGUGUUGUAAAAUACUUUAUCGUAAGGGCAGGAUACAGGUUGUUUGAGCUUCUCGAACAAAAAAGUAAAUUAUUGUUAUAUUAUUUAUUGUUAGGAAAGCGAUUCGUUAAGGAAUUAUUAACUGCUAAAAAUAAAAAAAAUGGAUACAUAAAUUUGUCUUCGUCACCAAUCUUUGUACAGCUGCAGGUUUUAAACUAUUAAUCUACUGUCACUCUUUUUGCAUUUUAGGAGCCAGCUCAAUUUAAAUUAUUUACACAUUUAACUCUAAAAUUGAUAGGAUUCGUCCAUUUUUCAUCGCAUUCGUCUAAUUAAAAUUCGUGGUGCAAAUUCACUGCCCAGUUUCCGAUUCAGGAGAUCUUUGCUCUUCCUGACAGCAACCAAUUUCAGAUUUUUGGAAACUGCAACAGAUUCUUAUUCUAGGGGCGUGCAUGAGGAAUAGAUUCUUUAAAAACAAACAAAAAAAGAAGAUAGGCUUUCGCUUCAGUGUCGCUGAAAUGCUGUUUGUCCCGUUCAACUGAAGCGAAGUUGGCCUUCCUGAAUUGAAGCCUACAGGCUCUGUUGUCUUAUCUGCCUCCUCCAUCUUGCCGUGGAUUCCCCUUCGGUUAUGCAGCAGGAAUCGGCCAGUGGUCAUUUACUAUCUUGGGGGCAAAAAUCUGCUGUAAAUUGUGCUCAGUCCAGUUACUCUGGUUGAGUCACAAGCUGGUCUAGACAGCGCGCAGGGAUCGGCGACCUCUUAUCUAGUCCUGGCAUCACCUGCGAGCAAUACACUGACUGAAGCCACAACAAACUAAACACCCCCCACCCUUAGACACACACACACACACUGAGCAAAGCCCCUUGUAACUGAGGGGAGCAGAGAGCAGCUCGUAAAGGGUCACUUCUCCUCCUCGGUUUAUUUUCCUUCUCUGAAUUGUGUUAUUGCGCACGGGUCAGCCGAGAUGACAGCUCAGACUAAAUGCACUGACCUGCUUUACAAAACAAAGCUACCACGUAGACAUGGAUAAACCAGCUUUUCAGAUGUGCAUCGCAAUAUUAUAGGCUGCUCCUCAUAUUAUGCGCCCCUGUUUAAUCCUAAAUAGCUUCCAUCUGUUCUGGAAAAUUCAGGUGGGAAAAUUUCUCUCGAAUUUAUCGAUGCAGGUUUUGCGGUUCUGGAGGAUUUCAAAUAUAAAUCAGACAUAAAGGAAAACGGGUUUUUUAGUGGCAGGAGACUUAAUAUUCAAUUUUCAAAAUCGACUUUCAUUGGAAACAAACUGAGUUAUCCUUCUGUAACGGUUCCCCUCAAUUUAUGUGCUGUUUUAACA